AGGAGGAGAAGGUGGUAGUGGUGGCAGUGGAGGUGGCUGUGCUUUUCCUGCUGGCUGCUCUUCUGCUGGGGGGAGUGAGCGCGGUGGCUUAAUUAAUUUCGUGUAGUUCUAUGAAGAGAAGAGAAAAUGAAAGAUGAGUGAGAAGAGAGCUGGAGGCUUAGGACGGAUGCUCCGAGUGUGGGGACAGGGGUAGGGACAGAGGGGGGCGGAGGGCGGGAGGCCGGAGACCUGAGCCGAGAGCCAGAGGGAGCGAGCGAGGGUCAGAGGAGGGAGAGCUCCGAGCGAGCGGCCCCGACCUGAGCGGGUUGACCUCUUUCUUUCUCUGUCCCUCUCCUUCCUUUCCCCCUUCUGUCUGCCUGUCCCCCGCCCGAUGGCAAAGCCGUGCGGAUUGGCACCCCCCCUCUUCCUCAGGUAUUUGGCUGUCUCUCUCUGUCUCUCUCUCUCUCUGCCCGAAGUUGGGAUGCGGGGUCGGGAUGUGUCGGGGGGUGGCUGCUGCAGCUGCUGGUGCCGGUGCUGCUGGUGAACAGAGAGGCGAGGAGCGGGGGGCACCGGCCGGGUGGGGGGCGCAGGUUCAGGAGCGGCUGAGGAGCUGUCUCCAGGCUGGAGGUUCAGAAGCGUCUGGUGGAGGAGGACAACGGUUUCUGGAGAGGAGAAGCCAUUACACACGCUUGGCUCUCCUCUGAGGAAAGGAGAAAAGAAGGCAGGGGCCUGGGGGGGCGUCUCACUCUUGGUGCAGUUCCCAGGGGUCUGCCCUCCUUCCAGGCACGAGGGGAAGCCGCAGCCGCCCCCCAUUGGAGCAGCCCCUCUUUCCCUUUCUUUAUCUCCCUGUCCUCCAUUUGCAAGCUGUCUGCUUUGGUUCCAGUCCAGACUCCAAAACACAAAGCUCCUUCUCACGUUCAUUCUCCAGGCUGUUCACCAUUCCUGAAGGAACCCUCAUUUUCUUUUCAUUGUGGCUUCUAACCUACAGAGAGGGAGGGAGGGAGGCUGCCUGGAGUUCCUUUUAUAUUCCUCCCCAACCAAGAAAAAAAAAAAAGUUUCAUUUUUAAGCACGCGUCUGGGAUGGGGAAAGACCAACCAGUUGGGGCUUUCUCCCAGGGCUCCCGGGGGCUGUGUCUGAGUGUCUGUGUUGGCUGUUUGGUUUGCUUUGGUUUUGUUUCUGGAGGUUGCUUGCAGGUUUUUGGAGGAAGUGACUAGUUUGGUUAAGAGCUGGGAACUGAGUCAGGUAAGCCGUGUCAUGUUGUAACUCCACCAGAAAAUGGAGGAGAGCGGGUUUCCAGGAGACAAAGCUGAGAUGAGAAGUGUUUAUAAAAUUAUGGAUGUCUCCAUUUUGAAGCUCUGUUGGUGAUGGCUGGAGGAGGAGGAGGCUUGCUUGCCUACUCCUCUCUUUCCAGAGGGAAACCUUGUGGUGGUUCCUCACUAUCUAUUCAUUAUGCAAGGAAAUGAGGGCUUUUAAGGGUUCCUCAGAUUUUUCUCCACCAAAGAGUGCUUUCACAAGUUAUUGAGGCGUUUGUUUCCAUUUUAAAGUAAACUUUUGGAAUUUUUUUUCUCCUUUUGAGUGGACCUGAAGGGUUUUGACCUCCUUCAGGAAAGGCAAGGCAAAAACCUUAAAACAGUUCCACUGAGGUCUUCACACAACUUUAAGCUGCUCCAGGUCUCCUGAAAGUCACCAGGAAAUGUGAUUUCCUCCUUGUGAAGAUGGUGAUGGCCCUAAGCUGAGAUUUUUUUGAGUUCUAGGGUUUGGUUAUCAUCAUGUUUUGAUGCAUUGCAAGACUUUAUUGUCUGAUUUGGGUUGAUUUCUGCAAAUAUAAAAAAUAAUAAGAAUAAUCCUGCAAGAUCUCAGAGGAACUCUAAGACUGACUAACACCAGUUUCUCCAGGUUCUCCAUUUCUCUUCAGGUCGUUCCAUUUGUAUGUUAGGCCUUCUUUCAGUUUCUUUGUUUCCCCUUUCCCUUUCCGUCGGCUAUUUUUUUCUGUGUUCUGAAGUACUCUUAAGUCUUCAGAAAUAUCAGUAUGUCGUCUUAACAAUGUCGCUAUGGAAACAUUUUAAAAACAUGAUGUCAGUUGAGAAAACCUUAUGUCCAGGUAUCUUCACCUUUUUAAUUGGGAGGAAUUUAUUAAUCAUGUAGGAAGACAUUUUGUGAGGAUAAUUUGAAAAAAGGACCCAGUCCUACCCUAGUCCACACACAUUGAUGGGAGCUCUUCACAUAUUAGUUUUAGAGAAUGUACAUAAUUGACCCAAGCAAAGAACUAAAUCCCGAAAUGCUUCAGGAAUUUAUAAAAGCCAACCAUGAAGAUGUUGCUUUUCCAUUAGGUGAGGUAGCCAUCUUGAGGAUGAGGGAAGAUGUUGGAAGAAUUUUAGAUGAACUGUUGAAGAUAGGUGAGGAGGGCUCCACGGUGGAAUGAAAACUUGGAGGAGAUUCAGAACCAAUUAAUAUAUUCUAAGGAGGCUAAUUGGACCUUGCUUUCAACUAAGAAGAAAUAUAGAAAGGUACCAGCUUCAACAGAAAUAAGGAACACAUUGGUUCCUAAUGUGAGAGGGUAGACCCAGAUCAUGGAGGUGCUUCAGUGUGAUGGCUGUGAUUUCAGAGCCCCGUCUUAUGAAGAUCUCAAGGCACACAUUCAGGAUGUCCACACGGCAUUUCUGCAGCCAACUGAUGUUGCUGAGGACAAUGUGAAUGAGCCACGAUGUGGGUCCAUGAAUGCCAGUAAUCAGACAGAGGUGGAGUUUUCUUCUAUAAAGGAUGAAUUUGCCAUUGCAGAAGAUUUAUCAGGUCAAAAUGCAACUGCAUUGGGGACCGGAGGUUACUAUGGCCACAGUCCAGGAUAUUAUGGUCAGCAUAUUGCCGCUAAUCCCAAACCAACAAACAAGUUUUUUCAAUGCAAGUUCUGUGUACGCUACUUCAGGUCAAAAAACCUCCUCAUAGAACACACUAGAAAGGUCCAUGGAGCUCAAGCUGAAGGGAGUUCAUCAGGACCCCCUGUCCCGGGAUCCUUAAAUUAUAAUAUCAUGAUGCACGAGGGAUUUGGAAAGGUCUUCUCUUGCCAGUUUUGCACAUACAAGUCACCAAGAAGGGCAAGAAUAAUUAAGCAUCAGAAGAUGUAUCACAAAAACCAUUUGAAGGAGACCACUGCUCCCCCACCUGCUCCUGUUCCAAUGCCAGACCCUGUGGUUCCGCCCGUAUCCCUGCAGGACCCCUGCAAGGAACUGCCAGCAGAGGUUGUGGAGCGCAGCAUCUUAGAGUCUAUGGUCAAGCCUUUGACCAAAUCUCGAGGCAACUUUUGUUGUGAGUGGUGCAGCUACCAGACCCCCCGCCGAGAACGCUGGUGUGACCACAUGAUGAAGAAACACCGCAGUAUGGUCAAGAUCCUUUCCAGUCUCAGACAGCAACAAGAAGGAACUAAUCUACCUGAUGUGCCGAACAAGAGUGCCCCCAGCCCCACUUCCAACUCCACCUAUCUGACCAUGAACGCUGCAAGCCGGGAGAUACCCAAUACUACCGUCUCCAACUUCAGGGGCUCCAUGGGCAACUCCAUCAUGAGACCCAAUUCUUCUUCAGCUUCCAAGUUUUCGCCCAUGUCUUACCCUCAGAUGAAGCCGAAGUCACCUCACAAUUCUGGUCUAGUUAACUUGGCAGAGAGAUCCCGUUAUGGAAUGACUGACAUGACCAAUUCUUCUGCUGACCUGGAAACUAACAGCAUGCUGAAUGACUCUAGUUCUGAUGAAGAGUUAAAUGAAAUAGACAGUGAGAAUGGUUUAAGUGCUAUGGAUCACCAGACAUCAGGCCUGUCUGCAGAGCAGCUGAUGGGCUCAGAUGGCAACAAAUUAUUGGAGACCAAGGGGAUUCCAUUUAGAAGAUUCAUGAAUAGGUUCCAGUGCCCCUUUUGCCCUUUCCUCACCAUGCAUCGACGUAGCAUCUCUCGUCACAUAGAAAACAUCCACUUAUCUGGAAAGACAGCUGUCUACAAAUGUGACGAAUGUCCGUUUACUUGCAAGAGCUCGUUGAAACUUGGGGCUCACAAACAGUGUCACACGGGUACAACGUCAGACUGGGAUGCUGUGAAUUCCCAGAGUGAAAGCAUUUCUUCCUCACUGAAUGAAGGUGUGGUGUCUUAUGAGAGCUCAAGCAUCAAUGGUAGAAAGUCAGGAGUCAUGUUGGAUCCCUUGCAGCAGCAACAGCCACCGCAGCCACCACCACCGCCACCACCACCACCACCAUCACAGCCACAGCCACUGCAGCAGCCACAGCCACCACAGCUGCAGCCACCACAUCAGGUGCCACCCCAGCCACAAACACAGCCACCACCAACGCAGCAGCCACAGCCACCCACACAAGCCGCACCUCUGCACCCAUACAAAUGCACCAUGUGUAAUUACUCCACCACAACUCUGAAAGGGCUAAGAGUCCAUCAGCAGCAUAAACAUUCAUUCUGUGACAACUUGCCAAAAUUCGAGGGGCAGCCCUCAAGCCUGCCAUUGGAAAAUGAGACAGACAGCCACCCCUCUUCCAGCAACACUGUGAAGAAAAGUCAGACCUCAAUUCUUGGGUUGUCCUCCAAGAACAAUUUUGUAGCUAAGGCCUCUAGGAAGCUCGCCAAUGACUUUCCUCUAGAUUUGUCACCCGUGAAGAAGAGAACCAGGAUUGACGAGAUAGCAAGCAACCUUCAGAGCAAAAUUAACCAAACCAAACAGCAGGAAGAUGCAGUGAUCAAUGUUGAGGAUGAUGAAGAGGAAGAAGAAGACAACGAAGUCGAGAUAGAGGUUGAGUUGGACAGGGAGGAAGAGCCGACAGAACCCAUCCUAGAGGUUCCCACUUCCUUUUCUGCCCAACAGAUAUGGGCAAGAGAUACCAGUGAGCCCCAGAAAGAGCCCAACUUCAGAAACAUCACCCACGAUUACAAUGCCACCAAUGGGGCUGAGAUUGAGCUCACCCUUUCUGAAGAUGAAGAGGAUUACUACGGCUCCUCAACAAACUUGAAAGAUCACCAAGUUUCCAAUAGUGCUCUGCUGAAUACCCAAACUCCCAUCUAUGGGACUGAGCACAAUAAUGAAAACACAGACUUUGGUGACUCUGGAAGGCUUUACUAUUGUAAACACUGUGACUUUAACAACAAAUCUGCCCGGAGUGUUAGCACCCACUACCAACGAAUGCACCCAUACAUUAAAUUCAGCUUUAGGUACAUCUUGGACCCCAACGAUCACAGUGCAGUGUACAGGUGCCUGGAAUGCUACAUCGAUUACACCAACUUCGAAGAUCUCCAGCAGCAUUAUGGUGAACACCACCCAGAAGCCAUGAAUGUACUCAACUUUGAUCACUCGGACCUGAUCUACCGGUGUCGGUUUUGUUCAUACACGAGCCCGAAUGUUAGAAGCCUGAUGCCACAUUACCAAAGAAUGCAUCCCACGGUGAAGAUCAACAACGCGAUGAUAUUUUCAAGCUAUGUCGUGGAGCAGCAGGAAGGGCUGAAUACGGAAUCCCAGACCCUGAGGGAGAUUCUGAAUUCGGCUCCCAAGAACAUGGCGACUUCCACACCUGUGGCUCGUGGUGGUGGUUUGCCAGCUACGUUCAACAAAAACACUCCUUCUAAGACCUUUACUCCUGAAUGUGAAAAUCAGAAGGACCCUUUGGUCAACACUGUUGUUGUUUAUGAUUGUGAUGUUUGUUCGUUUGCAAGCCCCAACAUGCAUUCUGUCUUGGUUCAUUAUCAGAAGAAACACCCCGAAGAAAAGGCUUCCUACUUUAGGAUCCAGAAAACUAUGCGAAUGGUGUCUGUGGACAGGGGCUCUGCCCUUUCUCAAUUAUCAUUUGAGGUGGGUGCUCCAAUGUCUCCCAAAAUGUCCAACAUGGGUUCCCCACCCCCCCCACAACCCCCGCCACCAGACCUCAGUACUGAGCUUUACUACUGCAAACACUGUUCCUACAGCAAUCGGUCAGUUGUGGGAGUGCUUGUCCACUACCAGAAAAGACACCCAGAAAUAAAGGUUACUGCCAAAUAUAUCAGACAGGCUCCUCCCACAGCUGCAAUGAUGAGAGGGGUCGAAGGGCCCCAAGGCUCCCCCCGGCCACCCGCCCCCAUACAACAGCUGAACCGAAGCAGCUCUGAGAGAGAUGGCCCUCCUGUGGAGAAUGAGAUGUUCUUUUGCCAGCACUGUGAUUAUGGGAACCGGACGGUCAAAGGGGUACUCAUUCAUUAUCAGAAGAAGCACCGAGACUUCAAGGCCAACGCAGAUGUGAUCCGGCAGCAUACGGCCACCAUUCGAAGCCUCUGCGACCGAAAUCAGAAGAAGCCUGCCAGCUGCGUGCUUGUCUCCCCCUCUAAUCUGGAGCGGGACAAAACGAAACUCCGAGCACUCAAAUGUAGGCAGUGCUCGUAUACCUCCCCCUACUUUUAUGCACUGAGGAAGCAUAUCAAGAAAGACCACCCCGCCCUGAAAGCCACAGUCACGUCCAUCAUGCGAUGGGCAUUUCUAGAUGGCUUGAUAGAAGCUGGCUACCACUGCGAGUGGUGCAUCUACUCCCAUACGGAGCCCAACGGUUUGCUCCUGCACUACCAACGGAGGCAUCCAGAACACUAUGUUGAUUACACUUACAUGGCUACUAAACUGUGGGCUGGGCCAGACCCAUCCCCUCCCUCUCUCACAAUGCCAGCCGAAGCCAAAACCUACAGAUGCAGGGACUGUGUUUUUGAAGCUGUCUCCAUCUGGGACAUCACUAAUCACUACCAAGCAUUCCACCCCUGGGCCAUGAAUGGUGAUGAGUCAGUGCUGCUGGACAUCAUCAAGGAGAAAGAUGCUGUGGAGAAGCCCAUUCUUUCAUCCGAAGAGUUGGCAGGCCCUGUGAAUUGUGAAAACAGUAUACCCACCCCUCUCCCGGAGCAGGAAGCUGAAUGUCCAGAGGAUGCAAGACUGUCCCCUGAGAAAAGCCUGCAGCUAGCUUCAGCCAACCCCGCCAUAUCCUCCACCCCAUACCAGUGCACGGUAUGCCAAUCUGAGUAUAACAACUUGCACGGCCUUCUCACUCAUUAUGGGAAGAAGCACCCUGGCAUGAAAGUGAAGGCUGCUGACUUUGCCCAGGACAUUGACAUCAACCCAGGUGCCGUCUACAAAUGCAGGCAUUGCCCAUACAUCAACACCCGCAUCCAUGGCGUACUGACCCACUACCAGAAGCGACACCCGUCCAUCAAGGUGACCGCUGAGGACUUUGUGCACGACGUAGAGCAGUCUGCUGACAUAUCCCAGAAUGACGUGGAGGAGACGAGCAGGAUCUUCAAGCAAGGGUAUGGCGCCUACCGGUGCAAACUGUGUCCGUACACACACGGCACUUUGGAGAAACUGAAAAUCCACUACGAGAAGUAUCACAAUCAGCCUGAAUUUGAUGUCUUUUCCCAGUCACCCCCGAAGCUGCCAGUCCCCCUCGAGCCCGAGAUGACCACUGAAGUGAGCCCCUCCCAAAUCUCCAUCACUGAGGAGGAGGUGGGAGAGGAGCCCGUGUCCACUUCUCACUUCUCUACCUCCCACCUGGUCUCCCACACUGUGUUCCGGUGCCAGCUCUGCAAGUACUUCUGCUCCACGAGGAAGGGGAUUGCCAGGCACUACCGCAUCAAGCACAAUAAUGUCCGAGCCCAGCCAGAAGGCAAGAACAACCUCUUCAAGUGUGCCCUGUGUGCCUACACCAACCCCAUCCGCAAAGGUCUGGCAGCCCACUACCAGAAGCGCCACGACAUUGAUGCGUAUUACACUCACUGCUUGGCAGCCUCCAGGACCAUCAGUGACAAGCCCAACAAAGUGAUCAUCCCAUCCCCGCCCAAGGACGACUCCCCUCAACUGAGCGAGGAACUCCGGCGGGCAGUGGAGAAGAAAAAGUGCUCCUUGUGCUCUUUCCAGUCGUUCAGCAAGAAGGGCAUCGUGUCCCAUUACAUGAAACGCCACCCAGGGGUGUUCCCAAAGAAGCAGCACGCCAGCAAGUUGGGGGGCUACUUCACGGCCGUCUAUGCAGAUGAGCAUGAGAAGCCCACACUGAUGGAAGAAGAGGAGAGAGGCGGCUUUGAGAAAGCUGAGGUGGAGGGUGAAGCUCAGGAAAUCGAGUGGCUCCCGUUCCGCUGCAUCAAAUGCUUCAAGCUGUCCUUUAGCACUGCAGAGCUGCUGUGCAUGCAUUACACUGACCACCACAGUCGGGACCUAAAGAGGGACUUCAUCAUUCUGGGCAACGGCCCCCGCUUGCAGAACUCCACCUACCAGUGUAAGCACUGUGAUAGCAAACUGCAAAGCACAGCCGAGCUGACCUCACACUUGAACAUUCACAAUGAGGAAUUCCAGAAGCGUGCCAAACGUCAGGAGAGGAGGAAACAGCUUUUGAGCAAGCAGAAAUAUGCAGAUGGUGCUUUUGCAGAUUUCAAACAAGAGAGGCCUUUUGGUCACUUAGAAGAGGUGCCAAAGAUCAAGGAGAGGAAAGUGGUGGGCUACAAAUGUAAAUUCUGUGUGGAAGUGCACCCAACGCUCCGAGCCAUCUGCAAUCACCUCCGAAAGCACGUCCAGUAUGGCAAUGUCCCAGCUGUGUCAGCUGCUGUGAAGCAGGAGGCGGAUGACCCUGCCCACUUGUUCCUGGAUGGAUUGGAAGCAGCCAAAGACGCCAGUGGCGCCCUGGUGGGCCGGGUGGAUGGUGAACACUGCUUGCUUGAUGGAAUGUUGGAGGAUGAAACCCGGCCGGGGGGAUACCAUUGCAGUCAAUGUGACAGAGUCCUGAUGUCCAUGCAGGGGCUGCGUUCUCAUGAGAGGAGCCACCUGGCCCUGGCCAUGUUUACCCGCGAGGACAAGUACAGCUGCCAGUAUUGCUCCUUUGUUUCUGCUUUCAGGCACAAUUUGGAUCGCCAUAUGCAAACCCACCACGGACACCAUAAACCAUUCCGAUGCAAACUCUGCUCCUUCAAGUCCUCCUAUAACAGCCGGCUGAAAACACAUAUACUCAAAGCUCAUGCUGGUGAGCAUGCCUACAAGUGUUCUUGGUGCUCAUUCUCCACCAUGACAAUCAGCCAGCUGAAGGAACACUCCCUCAAGGUCCACGGAAAAGCCCUGACCCUCCCCAGGCCACGGAUCGUCAGUCUCCUCUCCUCACACUCCCACCACUCCUCCCAAAAAGCUACCCCGGCCGAAGAAGUGGAAGACUCCAAUGACUCAUCAUAUUCAGAGCCCCCAGAUGUUCAGCAGCAGUUGAACCACUAUCAGUCAGCUGCCCUGGCAAGGAACAACAGCCGUGUUAGCCCUGUGCCUCUUUCUGGGGCUGCUGCUGGCACUGAGCAGAAAACCGAAGCCGUGCUUCACUGCGAAUUCUGUGAAUUCUCCUCCGGCUACAUCCAGAGCAUCAGGCGCCAUUACCGGGACAAGCAUGGUGGGAAGAAGCUUUUCAAGUGCAAAGACUGCUCCUUUUACACAGGCUUUAAAUCUGCUUUUACUAUGCACGUGGAAGCUGGGCACUCAGCGGUUCCUGAGGAGGGCCCCAAAGAUCUUCGCUGUCCUCUCUGCCUCUAUCACACCAAAUACAAGCGCAACAUGAUUGACCACAUCGUGCUGCACCGAGAAGAGCGUGUUGUCCCCAUUGAAGUUUGCCGGUCCAAACUGUCCAAAUACUUGCAGGGAGUAGUUUUCCGCUGUGAUAAGUGUACCUUCACCUGCUCCAGUGAUGAGAGCCUCCAGCAACAUAUAGAAAAGCACAAUGAACUGAAACCUUACAAAUGCCAGCUCUGCUACUAUGAGACCAAGCACACGGAGGAACUGGACAGCCACCUUCGGGAUGAGCAUAAGUUCCAGGUGGCUGGGGAAGCCUCACAAUCAUGGCGGAAGGCAAGGAGGAGAAAGUCCCGUUUUACGUGGAUGGCGACAGGCAAAAAGAGAAGGAGGAGGACACAAAAGCGGAAACCCCUGGUAAGCCGUAACUUUGAGCUGGUUGGACGGGUUAACUUGGAUCAGCUGGAACAGAUGAAGGAGAAAAUGGAGAGCUCCAGCAGCGAUGAUGAGGACAAGGAAGAAGAAAUGAACAGCAAGGCUGAAGACAGAGAGCUGAUGAGAUUUUCUGACCACGGGGCUGCUAUUAACACGGAGAAGCGUUUUCCAUGUGAAUUUUGUGGACGGGCGUUUUCACAGGGCUCUGAGUGGGAAAGACAUGUGCUGAGACACGGCAUGGCAUUGAAUGACACCAAGCAGGUGAGCAGAGAAGAAAUCCACCCAAAAGAGAUCAUGGAGAACAGUGUUAAAAUGCCCUCCAUAGAGGAAAAGGAAGAUGAUGAGGCCAUUGGGAUAGACUUUUCCCUAAAGAAUGAAACAGUAGCCAUCUGUGUAGUAACUGCCGACAAAUCUCUCCUGGAGAAUGCAGAGGCCAAAAAAGAAUAAGCGUUUGGUGAAAUUCUUAAUCAAACCUUACUUGAACAGUGAUGAAAAAGUGGGAGGGCUGGCUUGGGCUGAGAAGGGAGGGACAGUAAAGAGAAGACAGAACAAAGCUGCUUUUUAGGACUGAACAAUCUAUUUUCAAAGCACUGGUACCUGUGUGAGUGAGUAUGUAAAUUAAAGUUAUUUAAAUGGUUGGAAUAUGUGGCUCCUUUUCCAUCACUACAUCUUUUCUUCCGGAUCUUCAUCAUGGAAGUUUCAUUUGUUGCGGAAUAUGGAAGCACCUCCCAAGGGUACGGUGCACCCUGUGGUGGUCUUGGACAGUAUGUGGAAACAGAAGCUCCAUGACGGUAGAAGACUUCUCAUUGGGGAGCAACUUUUUGACGCACAACUUUUGGUGCGUUUUUCUAGUUUUAAUACCUUAAGAUUUUUCAAGACCUAACUGCAGCCGCUUUGGGAAAAAAAACAAAAAACAGAAAACAAAAAAAAAAAACUGCUUUGCAUAAAACAGUCACCUGUUUCCUAGUACCUCAAACUUAACCAAGGGAACUCUCUGCAUUUGUCAGUACUACCUGUCGUCGCUGUGGUUAAAUGUAGAGAGAACUGCUGGGCAAGAUGGUGAAUGGAGAAAAAAAAAGAGUUUUAAAGAAAGGAACACAAAUUGUGCUUAAAAUCCCCAUGUGGGUUUUAUUUCUUAAAAUACUGUGAUUUUUUUAAUUAUUUUAGUAAAAAACAAAACAAAAAAAAGAAACAGACUUUAAUUAUUAGAUAACUGUUUGUGAAUUGUCAUCCUUUAUUCCAGGUAAGCUGUUUAUUAGUGUUCAACUAUAAUUUAGAAUUUGGUAGAUUCAUGUGAGCUAAUUUUAAGGUGAUUGUGGAGUUUUGUUUGCCACAUGUUUAUUUUCUAUCAAUUUGAGUGUUACAAACACAGCACAAUUCAGUUUUUCAUAUGAAUUGUUUUUCGUGUGUGUGUUGUUAUUGUUGUUUUAAUUUCGGGGCAAGGGAGAUUUAGUUUUUUGUGAAUAGGAAUGUUUUUAUUUUAAACAUGGAAAUAACAAAGAAGUUAACUUUUUUUUUUUUUUUUUUUAAUUUAACUAAAGAACCAAACUUUCGGCACAGCUAUGCAGCUUGUGGGCCAGACGAGGAGGUCCUCCUCACCCUUUUGUUGCCUGUCAAAUUCACGCAUUAUCCGUCUCACAAAUAAUUUCUGUUAGGAUUGGCUGGCUUUUGUGUGUGAUUUUAAAAUCUGUGUUUUGUUUCUGCUGGCAUUGUGUUUUGCGGGGGGUUUUCAUUUAUUUAGGGGACGAGGGGAUGUACUAGAAUCCCAUCCCUUUGGUGAGAGUGGACAAGAAAUAACGUAUAUCCUACAAGGAGCCUGGAGAACUACUUUCUUUCUUUUUUUUUUUUUUUUUUUUUUUAAAUCUAGCUGCCAGCUGCUCUGUCCCCCAUAUCAGCUUUUUCAGGAGGGAGCAGCUUAGACUAAAUCUAAGCCUACAUUUAUAAUAUGCUCUGAUUGUGAACAAAGGGUUUCGUUCCAAAAAAUAGAAAAGAACUUUUCUUGAAGCCUAGGUUUUAGAAGCCCGUGUGUGUGUGUGUGCUUGGAUGUGUGUGUGUGUAUGAGUGUGUGUGUGCAUGUGUGCAUGUGUGAGUCCUUUGGUUUUCAUGUUUUGUUGUUUUUUUUUUUUUUUUUACUUGGAAGGGUUGUGGGAGGGUGGGAGGGAAGAAAGGGAAGGGGAAUUGCUGAGACGACAGUGUCCCACACAGCUUCAAAUAAAAUCCAUGGAAAGAUGUUGCAUUUGUGGAAUAAGUGCUUACUUGAAAAGCAUGUUCUUCUUUUAUUUUCUUACUGUUAAGAAUUUUUAUUUGUAGGAUGUUUGUUUUAAUUUAAUUUUUUUAAGGGAUGGGGGUCAUCAUGUGGAAACCAGAAAAUGGGGAAAGUGUGAACUAUCCAGACAAAGAUUCAUUUUGUGUCUAUAUUUGUUUUUAAUUGGCCUCAUUUCAAAUGUAUUAAACAGUUCCAUACCUGGAUUGGGUGUUUGUAAUGGUUACCAAAAAAACAAAAAAAGAAAGAAAAAGGAAAAAAAAAAGAAAAUAAUUGUGACAUGCUUUUAUCACUACUUUAUUUUUCAAAUAACAUGUAAAUAUUGUAAUCCAUUGGAUUUUGUUUUGCUAACCUGUUAAUAAAAAUAUGGGACCAUUAUCCUUUUAACAAGGCUAGAAUGUCAUUUUUUUCUUUUUCAAACAUAUACCUGAUAUUUUGUGGCCGCACAUUUUGGAUGCAUUAUUAUAAUUCUGUUGACUGUAAUGACAUAGAAUUUACAACAUUUUUUGUUGUUGUUUAAUUUAUACAGAGGACAUUUUUUUCAGAGCUUGAGAGAAGAAAAUAAAUAGCAAAAUGAUAACCUCUUGACUCCAGUAAUCAGUGUUUCCCAAUACUUCAUAAAAGAUAGGGAGACCCUGAGUCCUUGAAGCCAAGGGUUUAAAAACAAAACAAAACAGAAACAAAACAAAAAAACCACAAGUAGGUUAUUCAAGUUGUUUGCAACAUACAUUUUGUAAUGAAAUGUGAGAAAUUAAUAAAGAAUUUUUUUCACAUGUG